AUGUGGUGGCCACGAUAUAAGCAGCAAAUCUUGUACUUUUCGAUGUUAGGGGGACAUGAUAUAUGGCAGUUAGCUACAAUUAUUUGGGAACUAGAGAAGAGAAGAAGGCUUUCAAAACUUCAUUUCUCAACAAGGGGCUGUUCCUUUCUGGCACCAAUGCUACCAAAAAAGAUGUGUGAAGAAGAUGCCAUUAAAACUUGGUUAAAGCUUGCAUCAAAAAGAUAUAAAACAAAAUAUUCAUAUAUUUCUUUUAUCCUCAGUAGUAGUAGUAGUAGAAGGUAAUAUUGUGUUAACUAAAAACAAUAUUCAACUUUGAUUUUCUACUCAGAUUCUUUUUUUUUGUUAGACAGUGUCACAAAGUGAAAGGAACUAUAAGAAAGUUAUUAGUGAGCAUCAGUCAUUAGACAUGUUUGAAAGGAAGUUCUACAAAUACUUAAUAAAAUAAAUGCCUCUAAGGUUGUGGCUUCAUCUCAACAACAGUGUUGUAGAAUCAGGUAAUGGAAAUUUUGAAAAAUGUGAGUCAUUUAGAGCAAGAUUUUGACAAUAGUGAUAAUAAUGAACACAUUGAACAAGAUCCAUGCAUCACCUAUAUGCGAGGUAGAUGUAGAUUCUUUACAACUAUGCAGCUCUAAGGACCCAAGAAUACAUCAAUGUUUAAUCUGAUGCUCACAAAACGAUUGUUUCAUUCACUAAGAUCAUAUUUAAUUAGAACGCUAAUAUGCAAUGAAAUGUAUUAAAACACAUCUGCAAAAGUUGUAUUUAUCUAUUUUCUUAUUUAUAUAUGUAUAUAAGUUAAUAUAUAAUCUUAUCAGUAUUCACUUAUUUUUAAAUCUCACAUAAAAUGUAUGAGCAGAUAUGUAUGUUGGUUUGUAUUUAAAGUAAUCGGUGAAGCGUUGUUAACAAGAUAUAUUUAGAACUAAAAUGCUUACAACUUUGAACAAAAAAUUAGAAUACUCAUGUGUUUAAGAAGUUGUUAUGAUUAUUGAAGUGGUUAUUUCAAAUAAAAUUACUAUAGUAUACUAAGUGACAUAUAAAUCCGAACACCCAGUUUAAAUGGUUUUAUUUUAAUAAAAUUUUGUAUAAGUACUUAAUGAAGUAUAAUAAGUAAAUGAUAACAAUUUCAAAAUGAUUGCACUGCUUUAAAGC